AUGGUUCACCAGCCACAUGAACCCAUUGCGAUAGUGGGGAGCGCCUGUCGCUUUGCUGGCGACGUCAACUCGCCGUCUAAGCUAUGGGAGUUGCUUCAGGAGCCCCAUGACCUGCGGCAGGAAAUCUCCGGCAGUAAUCGAAUUAGCGCCGAGGGGUUCUAUCAUCCUGACAAUAUGUAUCAUGGGCACACCAAUGUCAGGCAUGCAUACCUUAGCAACGCGGAUGUGGACGCCUUCGAUGCCGGGUUUUUCGGUAUCAAGCCGAGCGAGGCUAAAGCUAUGGACCCUCAGCAGCGAUUCCUUAUCGAGGUCGUGUAUGAGGGGUUGGAGUCCGCCGGCAUCAGUACAGCCCAGCUAAAGGGGAGUGACACCGGGGUUUACGUGGGAGUCAUGUUUGACGACUACAGCAGUAUGCUUCUCCGCGAUUUCCAGACCAUACCGACCUAUUAUGCAACCGGGACUAGCCGCAGCAUGUUAGCCAACCGAAUUUCGUACUUUUUUGAUUGGCAUGGCCCAUCUAUAUCCAUUGAUACGGCCUGUUCUUCCAGUCUUGUGGCCGUCCACAUGGCCAUUCAAGCUCUUCGCGCGGGAGAGACUAGGGUAGCAUUCGCAUGUGGUUCUAAUUUGAUCCUCGGGCCGGAAGGGUUCAUUGUUGAAAGUAAACUGAAAAUGCUUUCCCCAGAUGGCCUUGGGCGUAUGUGGGACCAAGGCGCUGAUGGAUACGCUCGUGGAGAUGGUGUGGCAGCAGUGGUGCUGAAAACACUAAGUGCCGCCUUGGAGGAUGGCGAUCACAUCGAGUGCAUUAUCAGGGAAACUGGAUUGAACCAGAACGGCAGGUCGGCUACCGCUGGUGGUAUCACCUUACCCAGUGCCUCUGCCCAAGAGACCCUGAUUCGUGACACUUAUACCAAGGCAGGCCUCGAUCUCCGUCUAAAGAGUGAUGGCCCCCAGUAUUUCGAAGCCCACGGCACCGGGACGCAGGCUGGAGACCCGGCGGAAGCUGAAGCGGUGUAUAAUGCUUUCUGCCGCGAUGACACAGAUAUUGUUGGACGUCACCCGUUAUAUGUGGGCUCCGGCAAAACCGUCCAUGGCCACACCGAGGGCGCAGCGGGUGUUGCCGCCCUUCUCAAAGUGUCCCUAGCCUUGCAGCACGGCAGUAUUCCGCCAAAUCUCCUUUUCGAGCAACUGAGUGACCGUGUUGCUCCGUUCUACAAGAAUAUGGAGAUUCCCACGACUGCCAGAUCGUGGCCCGAUGUUUUUGGCGCGCCCAGGAGAGCCAGCGUGAAUAGCUUCGGCUUUGGGGGAACGAAUGCCCAUGCCAUCGUGGAACGAUAUACCCCCGAUCCUGAUCCUAACUCGGCCAACCUUGGCCUUGAGAUCCGGAGCUCGCCACAUGAACCUGAACAUGACUCAUUAUUGUUUGUCUUUUCUGCGUUCUGCGAAAACUCACUCCGUGCAAGACUUUCUGCUUAUGCAGACUUCUUUGCGUGCGCUGGCCCAGGAAUCGAUCCCCGAGAGCUCGCGUGGACACUGCGGCAGCGUCGAUCUGUUUUUCCUUACCGAGCCGCCUUCGUAGCAUCCUCGUUGGACGAUUUGAAAGCCAAGACAGUCGCCAGCCUCCAGGAAGAGAAGUCGACUAUCGGCGUCAAGGCAAUACCUCAAGCUAAAAUUAUGGGAGUCUUUACUGGACAAGGGGCACAAUAUGCGCGGUUGGGGGCUGAGCUCAUCGAGAAGUCGAAAAGUGCGCGAAUAAUUAUCCAAGAGUUGGAGUCGCACCUUGCUCGGCUCCCGGACGGCGAUGCUCCUACAUGGUCUUUGCAGGCCGAGAUUCUUGCUAACGCCAACGUGUCUCGGGUUCACGAGGCUGCCAUCUCCCAAGCUGUCUGCACGGCUAUACAGAUACUUCUGGUUGACCUGCUCCAUCUAGCUGGUGUGCAUUUUACCACUGUGGUGGGACACUCUUCGGGUGAGAUUGCCGCCGCCUAUGCGGCUGGUUAUCUAACGGCCCGCGAUGCCAUGUAUGUUGCGUAUUAUCGGGGGUUGCAUACUCGACUAGCGUGUAGCCCAAAUGAGGGCGAUAUUAAAGGCGCUAUGAUGGCCGUCGGAAGUUCAAUGGAAGACAUGGCCGAGCUGUGCGCUGAUAGAGUAUUCUCAGGCCGUGUCGCUGUCGCAGCUAUCAAUUCGUCCUCGAGCGUCACCGUUUCUGGGGACGAGGAUGCCAUUGCCGAGCUCGAGAUAAUUCUGGAUGACGAGGGGAAAUUCCAUAGACGGAUCAAAGUCGAAAAGGCCUACCACUCCAAGCAUAUGCUUCCAUGCGUCGAUCCCUGUACAAAAUCACUUCAUCGUAGUGGUGUUGCGCCGCAGAAGCCUGGGAAGACAUCAUCAUGCACUUGGGUUUCCAGUGUGUAUGACUCUCUUAUUGAUGAGGAAAUGGCUGCAACAUUAGGCGAUAUUCCCUACUGGGUCGAUGGAGUGAAAAAACCGGUCUUGUUCAUGCAGGCAAUCCGCCGUGCCAUGGCUGUUGAUCCGUGUCAUCUAGUGCUCGAAGUCGGUGCCCAUCCCGCUCUAAAGGGCCCGGCAAGUCAGACAAUCCAGGAAAUUAUGGGAAAGGCAAUUCCAUAUCAUGGGAUGCUUGCGCGAGGUACUUGCGCUGUUGAGGCCACUUCAAGGGCCAUGGGAUUUCUGUGGUCGUACAUGGAUCAUAAUGGCACACGCUUAAACCUGGAUAGUUACGAGAAUACUGUGAUAGGUGAUAAAUGUCGUCGCUUUAUCCCGGUUAAAGGUCUGCCUACAUAUCGAUGGAAUCACUCUACCAAGUUUCGGCACGAAUCACGCAAAAACCGAAAGAUGGUCCGGAGACAGGAGAGAGUCCAUCCCUUACUGGGAGAUGUAACUACGGACAGCGCUCCACACCACAUGAGCUGGCGAAACUUACUGCGCGUGAGCGAAAUGGAAUGGCUCUCCGGUCACAAAGUUCAGGGCCAAACUGUCUUCCCAGCCGCGGGUUACAUAACUACAGCCUUGGAAGCCUCGCGAUGCCUGGCGAAGGCCGUAGGCCAGAAGGUCCGUCUUAUUGAGCUUCACGACUUCAUUAUACACCAGGCCAUGGUGUUUGAUGAUCAGGAUGCCGGUAUCGAGGUGCUCAUAUCCAUGGCAGAUAUCGCCCGGGAACCGCAACAACCGCACCGGGUCCGGGCCAAGUUUACGUACUCGACUGCUCAGCAGUCUUUCUCCCAGGAAGAUUUGACUCUGGCAGCGAGCAGCUACAUAGAGAUAAUAAUUGGAGCUGAUGAGCCAUCUCUUCUCCCCGUAAGACAACCUGAACUACCUCACAUGAUCGACGUCGAGCCGGAGCGCUUUUAUGCGGCACUUGCGGACCUCGGCUACGAGUUCAGCGGCCCAUUCCGCUCAUUAUUUACGUUGAAAAGAAAAUAUGGCAAGUCGGCUUGCUUGGUUAGGAUUCGUCGUCCCCGGGAGGUCUGGGUUGGGUCUUCUGACAACGAGGGUAAGCGUCGAGGUCAGUCCCUGCUCAUUCAUCCUUCGGAGCUCGAUGCCGCCUUGCAGUGUGUCCUCCUGGCCCACAGCUAUCCGUACGACCAACAGCUGCGUACUAUUCAUCUCCCCACCACCAUCCAGAAAAUCAGGGUCAAUCCAGCUUUAUGUUUUGGAGCAACUAAUGGGGAUAUGGAUGGCAGCCAAGACGAGUUCGUCCCUGUCGACGCGGCCAUUGUGCCACCAGAGGCUGGCCAGCGGGGGAUCGUUGGAUACAUGAAUCUGUACUCUAACGCCUCUUCAAACUCAGCCAUUCAAGUUCAAAACGCGACCUUCAUGCCCCUCGGGGGAGCGACGGCCGACGAGGAUAGGAGAGUCUUCUCCAAGGUGCAUUGGAUAGCCAGCGAGCCGAACGGCUUGGAAGCAGCAAGAAAUAUUUCUCUCACGAACAACCACCGAGACACGAUAAAAGUGCUGGAGAGAAUCUCGACCUUUUAUCUACGCAAGUUUGACCAACAAGUGCCACCCGAUCAUCCCAAGAGAUCCGAGUUCCCCACAAAUUGGUACCUAAAUUAUGCCCGGCACAUCACGUCUAUGGUGCUGAGUAACAGACAUAAAUGGGCCCAGAAAGAGUGGCUUGAUGAUAGCCUAGACGACAUUUUCAAGGCAAGCAAGCCGUUUUCCCAUCUUCCAGACGUUCAGAUUAUGCACCUUGUUGGAGAGCAGAUGCCGCGUGUUUUCAGUGGGGAGACCACCAUGUUGGAACAGUUUCGUCAUAACAGCAAUGACAUCCUUGACCGAUACUACGAAGACGGCUUUGGCCUAAACGAAUCUUCUCAGUGGAUCAGUCAGUCAGUCAAGCAGAUAGUUGACCGUUAUCCACAUAUGAACAUCCUCGAGAUAGGCAAGUCUUCUCCAUGCGCCGGUACUGGUGGAGCAACAAAGGCCAUUUUCCGAGAAAUCGGUCAAAGUUACCUUUCCUACACGUACACGGACAUCUCGGCCGCUUUCUUCGAGAAUGCUUCGUCCAUAUUCUCACAACACCGCGAUCGCAUGAUAUUUAAGACGCUUGACGUUGAACGUGACCCCCUAGACCAAGGUUAUAUGGAAGGUACCUACGAUUUAGUGGUUGCCUUCUUCGUCAUCCACGCGACGAGUGAUCUCGAGCGAGCCUUGCGUCAUAUGCGAAAACUGUUGAAACCCGGGGGCUUUUUGGCGGUUGGCGAAGGCCAAGAAGGUCAGAACGGCGUCGCUAGUAGCGGUUUCAUCUUCGGCACUUUGCCAGGUUGGUGGCUCGGGACAGAAACAGGACGGACGCUAUCUCCUCACGUCUCCCCUGAAGAAUGGGAUCAGCUGCUCAGAAAGACGGGCUUCUCAGGGAUCGACAGCCAGCCCUCAAAGGAGUUCCAAGAUGUCCUGAACAUGUUUCAUUUCGUGUCUCAGGCUGUCAACGACCAAGUCAUGUUCUUCCGGGAACCUCUUUCCCCAUCUUCCUGGAAUAUGAGCCCGAUCAGGCAGUUAGUCAUCGUUGGUGGCCAAACAGCUCGCAGUUCACGCCUCGUCGAGGGACUGCAAGACGUCUUGGGUGGCAGUGGCCUUGUCAAAGAAUUGCAUUCCUUCCAAUCCCUCCUAGACGUCGAUUAUGAAAUAAUUGACGCCAGCUCGACGGUCGUCAGCCUGACAGAAGUUGACUCGCCCGUCUUCAAAGACAUCUCUCCGGCCAUAUUUGGAGCACUCAAAACGAUGUUUGAGUCCGGAAAAUUGUUAUUCUGGAUUACUAGCGGUCGACGUGAUGACGAGCCCUUCUUGGACAUGACCGUUGGCUUUGGGCGGACAGCCGCAAACGAGUCACCCGACCUACACAUCCAGCAGCUUGACAUUGAGGAUCUCCAAAACACCAGUCCCCGUACUAUCGCGGAGAUGGUGAUUCGCUUCCAUGCUGCAGUUACCAAACAGCAAGAUGACCUCCUAUGGACUGUCGAGCCCGAAAUCGUUAUUGACAGCAAGCAGUGCCAGCUGAUUUCACGACUGCAGCAUAUACCUGAGCUGAACGAUCGGCAUAAUUCGGCAUGGCGGACAGUUGUACGCGAGGUGGAUUCCCCGGAGACGCCCGUCAGCGUGAAGCUCAAUUCAAGCGGCGGUUGUACCAUCAAUCAACUUUGGAGAUGCGAAGGCUCAGCAUUGGUGUACCACAGCAAGUUGCAGGGUUUCAUAGAGUUGCAAACUACACAUACAGUUCUUCCCGCGCUCCUUACCCCCCUUGGACACAAAUUCCUUGUCCUGGGAGUGCAAUCAGAUACCGGAACGCCAUAUUGGGCUUUAAUUCCGUCGUUGGCCUCUGUCCUCAGAGUACCUGCAGAGUCCGCGGUCGCUUGUGCUCGGAUUUCGGAUCUCUCAAGCGGAGAACUUUUGGCCUUGGUGGCUGCUCAUUUAGUCGCCAUGACGGUUCUCAGCCCCCUAUAUAGCAGCCAAACACUGGUGGCACACAACGCUACGAGCAUAGUUGCUCAAGCCCUAGCAGAGCAAGCUGCCAGCAAAAAUGUUGACGUAAUCUACACGACAGACUCCACGGACGAAGAAGAAACCCCAGACUUUUGGAUCAAGCUGCCGCGGUAUGUGACCCAAGCCGAGAUCGAGGACACUCUGCUAUCAUCCGCUAUGCCUUCAUCUUUCGUUGGAUUUUCCGACAAUGAGCUUCAAAAGUCUGAGAAUGAAGCGACCUUGAUAUCAAGUCUAUCGAAGCACUGUCAAAACUUCCUAACCGCUGAUCUGAUUUAUGGUUCUGAUGGUCGUGAGACUGAUCCUUCCACUGCCGCCGUGCUCGGGGAUAUACUGCGCAAGAGUCUUGAAUUUGUACGUCAGAGUGGAUGUCUCCAAGAGAAACGACAUCUAUUGGCCACCAUUUCAUCGGUCAGCCUCGACCGUCUUGCGUGUGCAGAGCGACGUGCAGAGCCGUUGUCCAUUAUCGACUGGACAGCUUCUGCUUCAUUGCCCAUCCAUAUCACCAGGCUUGACUCCAACCCCAUGUUCAAAAGCGCGGAAAGCACUUACUGGGUCGUCGGGAUAUCCGGUGCGCUGGGCAUUUCGUUGAUUGACUGGAUGAUUAGCAAGGGUGCUAGGUGUAUUGCUCUUACCAGCAGAAACCCCAAUGUAGCACCAGAGUGGAUUGUGUCUCAUAAACGCCAGGGUACCAAAGUCGUCGUCAUAUCCGGCGACGUGACCGAUGAAGCUAGUCUGCAGGCAGUCCACCGGCAAAUUUGCGAGACACUCCCCCCUAUCGUAGGGGUUAUUCAGGGGGCCAUGGUUUUACGCGAUACCGCAAUACGCAACAUGUCAUUUGGUCAGCUCACAGAUGUUCUCAAGCCCAAAGUCGACGGGAGUAUCCAUCUGGACAACAUUUUUUCCAAUACCGAUCUCGACUUCUUCCUGAUGAUUUCGUCCAUCAACUGUGUGGUGGGAAAUUCGGGCCAGGCCAACUACGCUGCCGCCAAUGCAUUCAUGUGCAGUCUCGCAGCUCAUCGUAGGAAGCGAGGACUCCGUGCGGCUACCGUCAAUGCCGGUGCCAUUAUCGGCGCCGGGUAUAUGGAACGCGAGUCUCGUAGAGCGCUGGACCAGAUUGUCCAGAGGCAACACAUGAUGCGCUUAUCCGAAGAUGAUUGGUGCCAGGCUAUUUGCGAGGCCAUUGACGCCAGUCGGCUUGACUCCCCCCACGGACCCGAACUUACCACCGGGAUUUCGGAUGUGCCUUUUUAUACAUCCAAUGCUCCCAAUUGGCAUUCCAACCCCAGGUUCUCUUCUUUCCUUGUUCAUCAGAAGGUAGCUACCGGCGACGGGGAUAAAGGCAAGGCUUCCGAGUCCAUUCAGCAACUUUUACAGUCUUGUCAAUCUCAAAAGGAUCUUGAAAAGGUCAUCAAACAGGCCUUCGCCACCCAGCUGCGUAAUAUGUUGCAAGUGACAAUGUCGGAUGAGGACUUAAUGUCGGCACGCGGCAGUGAUAUCGGGCUAGACUCUCUGGUCUCGGUUGACAUCCGCUCCUGGUUUCUGAAGAAGCUGCAGUGUAGCAUUCCCGUUCUCCAGAUCAUGAGCAACGAUACUAUGGCGACGCUUGUACAAUACGCCGUCAAAUCUGUGCCAGCAGAGCUUGUACCUCAGAUUUCCCAGGUGGAGACCAAUAAUAACAACAAGAACGAGACUCUUAUCGCCAACGAGCCUCAAACCAGCGUAGCGGUUGAAGCAGACAGCAGCGAGAAAUCGAGGUCUUCGGAUAGGGAAACGCCCAUAUUCGGGGCGUCCUCCUCUUCUUCUCUCACAACGCCAUCGGAGUUGAAGGGGAUGAUUGACUGGGAGGCCGAAUCAUGGCCAACCGCGGAUAUAGCCGACCUCCUGGACCACGAAUCCCAAUUGCUGCCAGCAGCACGCGCAGUUACACCUCCUCGUGUCAUCGUCAUCACCGGAGUUAGUGGUCUACUAGGCCAUCACUUACUAGCUCAUCUUCUUGCCCACACAUCAGCUGAAAAGAUUAUAUGUCUCGCCGUAAGGCAACUUACAUCGCGACUGCAGAAUAAAGAGCUCAGUCCCCACCCCUGUGUCGUCUACUACGAAGGAAACCUCUCCAGUCCCCUCCUAGGUCUAAGCCCAGAGAAAGCCGACUCCAUCUUCGCCGAGGCCGACGUCGUUAUUCACAACGGGGCAGACACGUCGCAUCUGAAAUACUACGCCGACGUGCGCGCCUCUAAUGUGGGCUCAACCAUGACCUUGGCCCGACUAUGUCUCCCGCGCCGCAUCCCAAUCCACUACGUGUCGUCGGCCGGCCUGGGCGUCUUGUAUAAUCAUACCCGCCAAGGCGUCUUUCCUGCGGUUUCAGUGACGGGUCCGGAAUCCGCACUGCCGGCUCAUGAUGGGUCCUUCGGUUAUAUGUCUUCCAAGUGGACGAGCGAGCGCUUCUUGGAGCGAGUCCAUCAACGGUAUGGUUUGCGCAUUUGCAUCCACCGACCCUCGACUAUCAUUCGUGAGGGCGACGAUGCAUCAACCCCACGCGCUCAGUUCGACUGGGUCAACGCGCUUCUGCACUACGUACGGCAGAUAGAGGCUGUGCCGCGCGUUGUUUACAACCGUGGGGCGUUGGACCUCGUCCACGUCGACAGUGUCUGUGCCGACGUUAUUAGGCACGUCUUUGACGACAGCGACGGAUCCAAAAAUAGAAUCACAUACGUGCAUGAGGUAGGUGAUGUCGUCAUCAAUAUGGACUGUCUGCAAGACAUAGGCCUGGAACGAGGAAAAGGGAGCAAGCCGUUCGAUGUGCUGCCUAUGGACAAAUGGAUCGCCAAAGCUAUUGCCGCUGGUUUACAUCCCGCUGUAGCAACCUUGAUUGAGGAUAUGGACAGUCUGCAGGGGCUUGAGUAUCCGAGACCUGUCAAGGGAGCCAUCGUCUCGUAGGCGAGUAUUAGGCGAGGGCACGUGAAUGUAUAUAAAGGGAAAUAUGGUCACUCAGACAAGUUUCUUACUGAAUGCAGCUUCUCCUUUACUCGAUGCACGCACUUGGACUACUCUUCUGAAUACAAUAGAAGAGUCAUCAACUACUCACUCUAUGCCUGCCAGGUUUGGUUGUGCCGUUGCAUAGGUCUAAGCCAUUUCAGUUUAUAGCCACAGUUAGCAAGUCCCCUGCUCUGGGCCGCUCCAGCACACCAC